AUGUCCAAUGCCACAAAGUCCGCUAGCCUGGCAUCCGAGUUUUUGUCUCGGCUGAAACAACAGGUACCUCCCUUUGUGGAGACCAUUGUCACAAGUCUCGCCAAGACGUACCAACUGGAUGUGUCACGCUAUCCUGCUGAUCACGUGUGUUAUCGAACCGAAAACAUGGCCGAGUAUGCCGAGUUGACGGCGGCUUUGCGGCAACAGGACAGUCAAUGCAUCCUCCUGAUCGAAUCGGAAAUUGGAAAUCGACCCAUUGCAACCUUUUGGCUUCAGGAAGGAAUCCGAGUGUCAUCAUUAGACCGCAUCAUUCACGUUUUGGAAAUUCCAGCACCCAAACGAGGGCGUGCCUACCCGCGAGGAUUGGAACAUGUCGAAUUUGUCAUUCAUAAUAAUUCGACAACGACAACACGGAGUGACCAAUAUCCGUCUCCCGUCAACGGUGCACACCAUCAAGCCGCCUUUGACGACCUAAUGCGACAACGUCCCAAUGUACCAUGGGACACUCGAGCCAGAAACAAGGAAAUCAAUCCCGAUAUCAGCUUGAAACUAGAACUGCAGCUGCAAAAUUCCCCUACAUGUACUAAGAGUGAUGCAAAACAGUGCUCUGUCAAGUUUCAUCUGGUCCCACUCGACAAGGUUAUUGAGUUUGAAACAAUGACAGGAAAAGUCGACCAUAAAAGUUGA